CCACCAGGGGGAGCCAUGGCCCCUCCCACCCAAGAGUUGGCACCUCCCACUCCCCAAAUCUCCCCCCAACCGUGGCUCCGUUUUCUCCUCCUCCUCCUCCUCCUCCUCCUCUGCCUUCUCUGCCUUCUCCUCCAGGGCCAUCUCCUCAGCUCCACAGCACAUCCCGCCCGGAGCAGUUCUGGGGGCCAGGAGGCCAUGGGGGGGCCACCCCCGGGCUUCCGGCCCUCAGGCUGGGUCCACUUGCUCCACCAGGUACCCCACACCAACUUUCAGCUCCGACCUGUGGCCAGCACCUUUGCCCCCCAGGAACAGGACUAUCAGCAGGCCUUGCUGCUGGUAGCAGCUUUGGCUGGGCUGGGCCUGGCUGUGAACCUACUUGUUCUGGGACUCUACCUACUACGAUCGUGCUGUCGUUGCCGCAGGCCCAAGGCUGGUCCCCCUGAGGUCUCAGGGUCUCCAGAUGGAGGAGGCUGUGUCACCUGGAGCUGUGUGGCUGCCCUUCUCCUUGGCUGUGCUGGUAUCGGGCUUGGUUUCUAUGGCAACAGUGAGACCAGCGAUGGGGUGUCCCAGCUCAGCUUCUCCCUCCUGCAUGCCAACCAUACGCUCAGCUCCAUUGACCGGCUGGUUUCAGAGACAGUGGAACGACUGGGCUCAGCGGUUAGGUCUGAGCUGACAACUCUGGAGGAGGUGAUGAGCCCACGGACAGAGCUGGUGGCAGCUGCCCGGGGUGCCCGGAGGCAGGCUGAGGCUGUGGCCCAGCAGCUGGGGGAGCUGGCUUUCUGGAGGGGUGUGCCCCUGAGCCCAAUUCGGGUGGCUGAAAGUGUCUCCUUUGUGGAGGAGUACAGGUGGUUGGCCUACAUUCUUCUCCUCCUCCUCGAUCUCCUUGUCUGCCUCUUUACACUCCUUGGGCUGGCUAAGCAAAGCAAAUGGCUUGUGAUCGUCAUGACAGUCAUGAGCCUGCUGGUUCUUGUGCUGAGCUGGGGAUCCAUGGGGCUAGAGGCAGCUGCUGCUGUGGGUCUCAGUGAUUUUUGCUCCAGUCCUGACCCCUAUGUCUUGAACCUGACUAGGGCAGAAACUGGCCUAAAUCCAGAAAUCCUCCACUAUUACUUCCUUUGCAACCAGGUGGUUUCCAAUCCCUUCCAAGAGAGGCUGACCUUGUCCCAGCGAUCUCUGGCCAGCAUCUACUCCCAGCUCCAAGGGCUGGAACGCGAGGCGGUUCCCCAGUUCCCAGCGGCCCAGAAGCCGCUGUUGGCCCUGGAAGAGAUGCUGAACGUGACGGAGGGGAACUUCCACCAGCUGGUGGCGCUGCUGCACUGCCGGGGGCUGCACAAGGACUAUGGGGCAGCAUUGCGGGGCUUGUGUGAGGACUCCAUGGAGGGUCUCCUCUUCCUGCUCCUCUUCUCCCUGCUGUCUGCCCUGGCUCUGGCCACGGCUUUGUGCAGCCUGCCUGGCGCCUGGGCCCACUUCCCACCCAGUGACGAGUACGACGACCCAGAAGAUGACGAUCCCUUCAACCCUCAGGAAUCAAAACGCUUUGUCCAGUGGCAGUCGUCCAUCUGAGACUCCCUCCUUGGGCUGGGUCUGCUACCCCCACCUCUGGAACCGCCCAUCCGCCAGAGAAGUUUCCCCUUCCCUACCAGGAUUCUUCUAGCUAAGAUGACUAACACUGCCAUACUCUGCCUGGCUCAGGAGACUCUCAAUCCUUCUCCUUCUUUCUGCCCCGAGGACAUGACCAGAAGAUAUUUCCCUGUCCUCCCUAACCAACGUUCAAGGCUUGGGUCCAGGGAUCCCAGCCAGGGUGAGAACCAGGAAGCUCGGGGCCCUCCCAGGAGCAGCUGCCCCGGAGGACCUCCCCUGGCCCAUUCCCUCCAGCCCCUGGGCCCAGAGCUCCUUGUGCUUAGAGCCAGCACCUCUAACUCAGAUUUGAAAUAAAGAAGACGACUUUAUUUUA